AUGUUCCAAAUCGCUCUCCUUACCGCACUGCUCGCUUCUGCGAUGACAGCUGUCACAGCCCAUCCCCAGCCGCGUGCUGGGCGUCCAUCUGGAUGCGGUACCGUCGAGCCUCCUGCGGAUUUCGUGCAAGCCGUCAGUCAGAUGGUUGAGUUCGAGGCCAACGCGACCACGACCGAAAGUUCUCGUAGAGCCACAGUCACCGUCGAUACCUACGUCCACGUUGUCGCAAGGUCAACUUCCCUCUCUGGAGGAUACGUUCCCGCUUCGCAGAUCGCCAGACAAAUCGAGGUCAUGAACGAGCAUUACACCGAUGCGGGAUUCGUAUUCAACCUUGUGGACACGGACUGGACUGUCAACAGAGUCUGGGCUGCUGACGGGAAUGAUAUCGCCAUGAAGACCGCUCUGCGCCAAGGAUCGUACAGCGCCCUGAACCUCUACUUUCAAUACGACGUCUCCGGAUACCUUGGAUACUGCACCUUCCCUACCAAUGCCGCCACUGGCUCAACUGCUUUCUAUACCACCCCCGGCGGCACCUUUGAACGAUACAACCUCGGCGGCACCGCCACCCACGAGGUCGGCCACUGGAUGGGUCUCUACCACGUCUUCCAGGGCGGCUGCUCCGGCUCCGGAGACGGCAUCGCCGACACGCCUCCCCAAGCCGUUCUCACCGACGGAUGUCCUACCGGACAGGACUCCUGCGCCGGAGGUGGAGUUGAUUCCAUCCACAACUACAUGGACUACUCGGAUGACGCGUGCUACGAGUCUUUCACCCCUAAUCAGAUCACCAGAAUGGCUAACUUCUGGUCCCAAUACCGUGCUUGA